AUGGGGAGAUUCCAACAGUUCACACUUCUUCUCUGGAAGAAUUUCCUUUUCAUGAAGCAGAUUUGGUAUUCCAUAUUCUUGGAAGUUCUUCUGUCAAUGAUAUUUACUUUAUUAAUUGUACUCCUUCGUUCUAAUACAUUUGAAAGCACUACUGGACCUCGUAGAUAUGGUUCUUUUACUGUCGAUAGACUGCCUUUCACUUUGGAAUUUCACCCCUCUAUUGAUAUGUGGGAGCUGGUCUAUGUGCCUUCUAGAAGUGAUGCAGUGAAGACUAUCAUUGACAGCGUGCAAACAACUUUGGGCCCCUUUAAAGUUAAGGGCUUUGAUUCAGAAUUGGAUUUUCGUCAUUACAUUUUUUCUGAUGACCCACCUAUGUUACUGGCUGGCAUUGUUUUUCAUCACAGUUUCAAUGAUGACAAAGACCCCCUACCCCUUCAGAUCAAUGGAAGCUUCUACAUUUUCAAGUAUUACCUUGAAGGUUUCCUGAGUAUACAGUAUGCUGUUGAUCACGCUAUUAUACAGUACCAUAGAAGAAAUACUGGGAAAGACAAGUCUAAUAUCAGCUCUUCUGUUUUGAUCAUGAGAUUUCCAGCCCCAAGUUUCAAAACUGACAACUUCCUCGUUUUGUUAAAUGUGUUUCUUCCCUUAAUAAUUUUAUUAGUUUUCUCCUCUCCUGUACUUAGUGCCAUCCGUUUCAUUGUGUCAGAAAAAGAAAAUAAGUCCAAGGAAUACCUUCGCAUGAUGGGUCUUAGUAAUUUUUUGCUUUGGAGUGCCCAUUUUUUCACAUUCCUCAUGCGUUUUCUUCUCAUCAUAUUUUUCCAAAUGUUGAUCCUCUUUUCCAAGAUUACAUACCUGCCAGUUAUCCGCUUCAGUGAUAAAUUUUUGAUGUUUGUUUUUCUGAUGUGUUUUACCCUUGCUUCUAUAAACUUCAGCUUCAUGGUCAGCACAUUCUUCAGCAAACCAAGAAUGGCUUCUUCUGUUGGAGUUUUACUCUAUUUCUUAUCCUUCAUUCCGUAUCGUUAUGUCAAUGUUCGCUACAAGGAGUUGUCUUUCACUAAGAAGUUGAUUCCUUGUCUACUUUCAAGUGCUGCAAUGUGUUUAGGGGCUGAUCUUAUUGUCGCAGCUGAAAUUAAAGGAAAUGGACUUCAAUGGAAUGGAAUUUGGCUUUCAGGCUCAGAUGAUAAUGAUUUAUUCUUUAUACAUAUAUUGGGAAUGCUAUUGUUUGACUCUUUUGUCUAUGCCCUAGUGACCUGGUAUAUAGAAGCUGUUUUUCCAGGGGAAUAUGGAAUCUCCCAGCCCUGGAACUUUUUCUUGAUGCCCUCCUACUGGUCUGGGUCUCCAAACUCUAAAAUUGAUGUUGAUAAUACAUUUGAAGAAGUUCAAAAAAAUGACUACAUGGAGGAUGAUCCUGUAGGAUUAACACCUGGGAUUCAGAUAAAACACCUGUACAAGCUGUUUACCAAAGGGUCCACUACCAUAAUGGCAAUAAAUGACUUGACUCUGAACUUUUAUGAGAAGCAGAUAACUGUCCUCCUAGGACAAAAUGGAGCAGGAAAAACCACUACCUUGUCAAUACUCACAGGUAUGUUGCCUGCAACAAGUGGAGAGGCAUAUAUCUAUGGGCAUGAGAUCUCAAAGGAAUUUGAUCAGAUCCGGAAAAGCUUGGGCUUUUGCCCUCAGCAUGAUAUCUUAUUUGAUUACAUGACAGUAUAUGACCACCUUUACUUCUAUGCUCAGAUCAAAGGAAUGCCUAGGAAGAAAUGCCAUCAGAAAAUAAUUGAUAUUUUGAAAAUGGUGAACUUGGAAGAAAAGCAGAAUGAAUUCUCAAAAACACUGAGUGGAGGAAUGAAGCGCAAGCUCUCUAUUAGCAUUGCACUCAUCGGAGAUUCCAAGGUAGUUAUUCUGGAUGAGCCAACAUCUGGCAUGGACCCCAUCUCCAGGAGGGCCACCUGGAAUCUCAUUGAGGAGUUUAAAAAGGACCGUACCAUCUUGCUGACCACUCACUACAUGGAUGAAGCUGAUAUGCUUGGUGAUCGCAUUGCCAUCAUGGCCAAUGGAACUUUACAGUGCUGUGGUUCUUCACUCUUCCUCAAAAACAAAUAUGGUGCUGGAUACCACAUGAUCAUAGUGAAGGACUCUAAUUGUGAUGCAGCUAAAAUCUUUGAAAUUAUUCAAGAGUAUAUACCAAAUGCCAAUUUAGAGAGCAAUACUGGAGCUGAAUUAUCUUUUAUCCUACCCAAAGAGAGUACAGACAGGUUUGAAGCUUUGUUUACUAGACUAGAAGAAGAACAAAAAGAUCUGAGAAUUGCCAGCUAUGGAGUGUCUGUCACAACUAUGGAAGAAGUCUUCCUUAGGGUUGGCCAACUGGCAAAUUCAAAUAUAAAUUUUGGAAGGUUCCAAAACCUUUCUUCUCAGCAGAACGAGAAAUCAAGAAAGAACAACGAAGAAGGUGUUGAUAGCAGGGAAAAGAAAUCCUAUGACCUUCCUGAGUCUUUAUUCAUGCCUGCAAACUCUACUCUGACACACAACACUGGGUGCAGUCUUUAUUGCCAGCAAAUUUAUGCCAUGUUCGUAAAAAGGGCUAUAUACAAUUGGCGCAACUGGAAGAUGACCUUGAUACACCUGGUGUUACCUGUCCUGUACGUUUACUUAUUGCUCUCUGCCUUUAAGACUCCAGAAAUUAAGGAUGAGCCAUCCAUGAAUUUGGAUUUAGGACCAUAUGACCAAACUGUCAUGCCCUUUUCUAUCUCUGGGAAUUCAUCCAUGACCCAGAAAAUUUUUAAAUCCAUUGAAUCUCUGCCAAAGCCUCAGGGACUUAUCCUUAAGGAAGUGAAAGAUAAUCUAGAAGAGUUCUUGAUGAAUUAUAAAGACACUUCUAAAAGAUGUAUAAUUGCAUUUUCCAUUGAUGCCACUGGAUCCCAUAUUGUGGCCACUGCUCUAUUCAGCAAUGCGGCAUACCAUUCACCUGCAUUAUCUCUGGCAGUGGUGGAUAAUAUUCUAUUUAUGUUCUUUUGUGGCCCGAAAGCUUCUCUUGCAGUCUCCAACAAGCCUCAACCUCAGCAUCGUAAACCCAGAAAUAAUACAUUUGAAUUUCUUAGAAGUGAUCGAGGACAUGAACUUGCUGUUACGCUCAUUUUUGGCAUGGCUGCUUUGUCCAGUAGUUUUUCCCAAAUGCCAGUCAUUGAACGAGUUACUAAAGUGAAGCACAUCCAAUUUGUUCAAGGUGUAUAUGUCCUAAUUUUCUGGUUGUCUGCAUUAGUAUGGGAUUUUAUCAUCUUCUUCAUUAUUUGUUUACUGUUCAUGGCAUUGUUACAAGCCUUUGCUUUGGAAAUAUUUUUCGAAGACUUGCACCUUUUGUAUGGCUUCCUGAUAUUUGCAUUACAUGGAUGGUCUGCCACACCCUUCAUUUACUUGAUGAGCUUCUUCUUCUCACGACCUGCAUCUGCAGAAUUGUACCUUUUCCUAUUCAAUGUAUUUUCUGUAUUGAUCAGCAUAUCCCUUUUAAGUAUGAUAAAAAACGAAGUGAUAGAGAUGGGAAACUACUCUUACAUUCUGACUGAUUCAUUCCUGCUGCUUCCUGGUCAUACUUUGGGGGUAUCCAUUCGAAGACUUUUUGACAAAUCCAAGAACAACAAAAUGUGUGACCUUUUUGGAGGCACUCAUUGCGCAGAUGAAUAUAUUGUGAAUGAUUUCUUUGAAUGGAAAGAUGAUGGGAAUUUAAAAUUUCUGACUGCCAUGGUUGCCACAGGCUUCUUUUAUCUCCUCUUGCUUUGUUUAAUUGAAAAAUACUUCUGGAAACUAAGAAACUGUUGCACUCAUUUACUUUACUGGGGUUACCCAAUGUGGCAACGAAGACCUACAGUUCAACAGUUAAACCAGAAUAAGGUUGAAGUACAACAGAAGCCUGAAGAUGAAGAUGUAGCAAAUGAGAAGAAGAAAAUCCAAGAAUGCCCUUCACAUAUGCUGUCAGCUUUGAACAGCCCAUUAGUUGUUAAGGAUCUUGUGAAGGUGUAUUUUAAGUGGAUACCUGUCCUCGCUGUGGAUAGACUCUCUUUUGCAAUCCAAAAAGGGGAGUGCUUUGGGCUCCUUGGCUUCAAUGGAGCAGGAAAAACCAGCACCUUUAAAAUGUUGACUGGAGAUGAAACCAUCACUUCUGGAGAUGCCUUCUUUGAAAACUACAGCAUCCUCAAAGACAUUGGAAAGGUGAGACAGAGAAUCAGUUAUUGUCCACAAUUUGAUGCUUUGCUGGACUACAUGACAUCGAAGGAGAUGUUAAUCAUGUAUGCUCGACUUAGGGGCAUUCCUGAGCCUUCUAUCAACAAACAUGUGACGGAACUACUGCAGUCACUACUCUUGGAGGACUAUUCAAAUAAAAUCACAAUGACCUAUAGUGGUGGCACUAAGCGGAAGCUAAGCACUGGUAUUGCCCUAGUUGGAAAUCCAUCAAUCAUCUUCCUGGAUGAACCAUCCACUGGCAUGGAUCCUCUGUCUCGACGCCUACUUUGGAAUACAAUAAUACGGGCCCGUGAUUCUGGGAAGGCCAUUGUCAUAACCUCCCAUAGCAUGGAGGAGUGUGAGGCAUUGUGCACUAGAGUGGUCAUCAUGGUAAAUGGGAGAUUUCAGUGUCUAGGAAGUCUACAGCAUCUCAAGAAGAAGUUUGGUAAAGGAUAUACCUUACUAGCCAAGGUUAAGAGUGAAUAUCAGACAUCUGAAGUGGAAAAUCUCAAGCAAUUCAUCAAGGAGACCUUCCCAGGCAGCAAUCUACUACAGCAGUACCAUGGAAUGCUCCGAUACUGCAUUCCUAGUGAGAAUCUCAGCUGGGCAAAGGUAUUUGGUAUCUUGGAGAAAGUCAAAGUGAAUUACAAUUUGGAAGACUAUUCCAUCAGUCAGACCACACUGGAGCAAAUAUUCCUAGGUUUUGCCAGUCCAGAGGACCAAGUUAAUGAAAAAAGAAAGUGA